CAGAACUCUUGAAUUAAGAGACAAAAUAUAAACUAUGCUUGAUCAUGUACUCGUAUAAGAUAUUUUUUCUUUUUCGACAGUAUGUAUCAAUAGGGGGUUAGGAUAAAGUGAUUUAUUUGCAAAAAAAAUUACUAGUUGUCCCUUUUUAUAAGGUUUUUUGCAAAAUUCAAAAUGCAUUAAUACAAGAAUCUUUCAAAUUAAAUAAAGAAAAUUAGAUCACCUCCAAUGGUAGUACCUAUUAGGUACUUAUAGGUACUAUUAGGUACUUAUUUGAUACUACCAUUUGAGCAAAACUCAUUGAGUAUCUAAUAGGUACUGCUUCUCAAAUAGGUACUCUCUCUUCUCAUUGUAAUAUAUUUUUGUGGACCUAUUUAUAAAGAUGUAGUAUUAUUGAUGAGAUAAGAGUUAUUAGUGGGACUGAUUUAGAAUUUUUUUAUGAGAUAGAGGGAUUGAGUACUUAUUAAGUAUUAUUAUUAAAAAAAUAAUAAAUGAGUGAUGUGUACACGUGGAUCCAGUUAAGUACUCAAAUUUAGGGAGCUCUGUUGUGGAUGCUCUUCUAGAAAAUUAAUCCUUUUUCUUUCUAUUAAUAAUUGAAAGAUAAGUUUAGAAAGACAAUGUAAAUUUAAUAAUGUAUGUUGGGCGUUUUGCUUAUGUCGCAAUGAUAGGGAAAGUUUUUAUCAUGCGAUAAAUAUUGUAAUCUUAUUGUCUUUGUAUAUGGCAUGUCUCAUGCCCAUUCCUUUUGUGUUAGUACUAGUCUAGUAUUCUUCAAAACUCCGUUGCUGUUUCCGACUCUCUUCUAAGUUUUGUUGACCUCUCCAUCCUUCCAGCACAAAAAACAUGAGCACCGAAUCCAGCAAGGAACCAAAAUCCGUCUACGAUUUCACUCUCAAGGAUGGUAAGGGAAAUGAUGUGGAUCUUGGCACUUACAAGGGUAAAGUCCUCCUCAUUGUUAAUGUUGCUUCCAAAUGUGGCAUGACCAACUCAAAUUAUGUGGAGUUGAAUCAACUUUAUCACAAGUACAAACACAAAGGCCUUGAGAUUCUGGCUUUUCCAAGUAAUCAAUUUGGCGACGAAGAACCUGGAACUAAUGAUCAAAUAUUGGAUUUUGUAUGCACCCGCUUCAAAUCAGAAUUCCCUAUCUUUGAUAAGAUUGAAGUGAAUGGAGACAACUCUGCUCCCUUGUAUAAAUUCUUGAAGUCGGGUAAAUGGGGAAUUUUCGGAGAUGAUAUCCAGUGGAACUUUGCAAAGUUUCUAGUUGACAAAGAUGGUCAAGUGGUGGAUCGCUAUUAUCCCACCACCUCUCCUCUUAGCAUUGAGAGAGACAUAUGUAAACUACUUGGUGUUGAAUGAAUACUUACAACAUGGAUUCAGCUUGGAAGAGAUGAUGAUGAUGAUUGUCUAUUGAAUGUUAAAGCAUCACUUCUUCACUUUAUAAUCUUUCCUUUUUUAACUCUAAUGUUUAUGCUUAAUGGAUUGGUUUCUGACAAACUGAAGUGAACAUGUUGCUUAGUUUUAUUGAAUUUUAAGUACAUUUUACAUAA